GCAGUAGAUGUGUAGCUCCAGCUUCUGUGGUUCGAGGCAUUACCAAUUGGAUGCCUCUUGUGGCGAUUCCAGGGUUCCUCGAUGUCCGAUUUCGCUCUUCUCUCGACCUCGACCUACGAAAUAUACGGCUCGAAGCCCAGGAUCAGCGGCCGGAUUAAUCGACGGCCUCCGAAUUCCCGGUCUUUGGAUCCAGUAGCCAGUGGAAAGAUCCGAAUUUGGUCCCUUAGGGCUACGGAUCGAGACGAAUUCAAGCCACCAAGCAGUAGAAAGGGGCUGAUAUGGUCGAGUUCUUUCGAUAUUGGUGGUAGUUCUAGUGAUAAAGAGACCAAGAAGUAUAAACCUCCGGAUGAGUUCGUCGAGAUAAGUUCCAGUGAUGGAGAUGCAACGCGUUUGGCACCGGAAUCGGGGAAGGAGGAAGAAAGGGUUGGUUUUGAGGCUGCGACUCCAUCGAGUUUUGAUUUUCUUGAGUUGAAGAGGGAGUUGGAGAAGGAAGAGGGGAUGGUGAGUGAUAAGAGAGGUCUGGAGAAGGAUUUGAUUCCGCCUGCAGGUCGGGGAAGCACUGAAUUGGAAUCUGCGGAUGAGGGAAGACUUGUCAGUCAGGUGGGAGUAAAAGGUCGAAGGCAGAUUAUGAAAAGAUCCAAUUUAUUAGCGAAGCAGGUCAUCAGCGUUCAGUCGGCUCAGAGUUUGGGUUUUGUCUCACAGCUGUGGGUCGAUACAAGAUCAUGGAUGGUUGUUUUGGUUGAAGUGAGACCGAAUUUACUAUCUGGAGAAAUGGAGAAGUUCCUUCUUGAGGAUGUAAGACAGGUAGGGGAUGUAGUGCUUGUAGAGGAUGAAAGUGUCUUGGAAAAUGAACUGAAAAUCACUGGACUGGAGACUUUGGUAGGUUACAACGUUGUAACAUCAGGCCGGCACGACGUUGGUAAGGUCCGUGGCUAUACUUUUAACAUCAAUUCAGGAGCUGUGGAAUCACUUGAGCUUGACUCGUUUGGCUGGUCCAUUAUCCCUUCUAGUCUGGUGAGCACUUAUUGUUUGUUGAUCGAUGAUGUUCUUGAAGUAGUGUCUGAUACUGUCGUAGUACAUCAAGAUGCUAUUUCUCGAGUACAGAGAUUAACAAAGGGCAUUUGGGAUGCUUCAAAUUCAGACAAAACCAAAGAUGAGACAGGAGAGUAUUAUGAUUUUGGGAGAAAUGCUUCAACAAUUUAUGGUCGCACCAGACGAAGAAACUCUAGUGGCAGAAAGUUCCAUAGGAAAACGAGAGAAAUGGAAAUGGAGGAUGAUUGGGAACUUCCAAAGGAUUACUGAGAAGAUGUUGCAUUUUUUCUGUAUAUAUGUUGCUGAUAAAAGAGUUUUCUUUUCAAUUUAUUAUUGCUUUUAUGGAAUUGUCGAUAUAUCAACUUGUUCUGUACUGAACAAUUGUUCUUCAAAAGUAUUAGAAUUUGUCGGACUUCAACAAAAGUUUAUUGUUCC